AUGAACCUACCUGCAGGCGGUACUACUACUGUGCCUAUCAGAGAUGUCUCCAACAAGAAAAAGCGUGCGCUAGAAGAGGACAGCGACAGCGAAAACAUUGAUGAUGGUAAGCGAACUUGCAUCCAUCUAAUCGAUGAAGCGAUGAAGGACUUGGAGUUAGGUUUCGAGAAGGAUUCAGAAGACGACUACGACUCUGAUAGCAAGACAGAAUCAGACAGUGACGGGGGCAGCUCUAAUGACGAAGAUGGAGGUGACUCCAGCACUGAAAAGACAACUGUCAGUACUGGGGACAUCUCAAAUGACGAAGGGUCAGAUUUCGGUGGUGGAGAUGUUACAAUGGACGAAAUCUUGGAUUCCAAUAGUGAGGAGAGCACAAGCGACGAGAAAAUGGAUACCAGUGACGAGGACAGCUCAGGCGACGAAGAAUCCGAUUGGAGUGUUGGAAGCGGCUCAAGCGAUGAGGAAUAUAUGGAUGUCAGUGAUGCAGAGAGUUGGGGUCCCGAACAUGUGAAUGAUAGUGAUCAAAGCGAUGAUGAGGACUAUACAUAUGAACGACCGAAAGCUUGGAACUGGAGCAAAGACAACAACAUCAACAACAAUAAGGAUGACGACGACGAGGACGGUGAUAGGCUAAUGAUUCAGCUUAUAUAUCCCAAUCAUACCCACAAGAUCUGCGAUGACACAUCUUCAGAGGAUGAGGACGGAGAUGCACUUAUCCAAGAAGAUGUAGAUGACACAUCCUCAGAGGAUGAGGUCGAGGCUGAAGACGAGAACAAGUCGGGCUGCGCUGAUGGUGACUCCUCUACCGCAUUCCCCGCAUGUGAAUUUCUCGACAAACACGCCGACAAACCAGGCUACAUCUAUGAUAUGACAUCACAUGGGAAGAACAUCCUCAUCCUAAUCACGACAUCUAGUCCCCCAACUCUCAUCCGUGCCUCCGCAAGGGAUCUGAUCAUGGGAUCCAGUGUCUUUGCUAAAGUAUUUGGCUACAAUGAAGAGAUCACGGAUGAUCAUGUGUGGAGUGAUGAAGACGAAGAACGAGUUUGGUGUCCGUCAGGAACGAAGACCAGGUAUGAUGACAUUAAUCCUGUGGCCAUGAUAUGGGUUCUUCUGGCUAUGCGUAAGCUUUCUAUGCCGGACACUUUGCGUGUCGAGCUUGCCUUGCUCAAAGAUAUUGCCGUCAUCGUGGACCGGUUCCAGCUCCAGCGUGCUGUAAAGGAGUCUGCACUCUACUGGCUUGGAGGGGUUUAUUUGAGAGAGGAUGGUAAGAACAUCCCUAACCGUGCUGAAUUGAUUGACUGGGUCUUGUACAUUACAUGGGUGUUCCGAACAGAGAAGGAUUUCCGACAAGUCACACGCGGUCUGAUUAUGGAUUAUUAUGCCUUGCCAGAUCAGCCAAAGAAGUCAUAUACGCCUCAAAGAAUAUAUACGGCCAUCUACAAUGCCCGAAGGCAACUCAUUGGGGAAUUGCAAGCAGAGAUUAUGGACCAUCUGUGUGAGCUAAAAUCAGCACGGGGACACGUACCCCAUUGCGUGAAACUUUGUUCGCAUGACUUUCGACCAGAAUUGGAUACCUGUUUCGAGCUUACGCGAAGCCCGAAAAGGUACAAGAAGUCACCAUAUGGCAUUCUUUUGGAGGUCUAUAAGAUCGUCAGAAGAGCCGAGAUUGUUGGCAUGAUUCAUUACAAAUACCCUACGUGCGAAGUUUAUCCGCAUCAUGUUCUGCAGGGAUGUGAAACAAGGUUUCGGGAGUGUUUGGGGAUUGGCUUUGACCGAGAGAUAGUGGAGGAGCUUAGCGAGGGCGAGGUAAAAUCUCCUUCUCCGCUGCUGUUCAACUUUGAUGCGGUGAACUGGCCAUGUAAGAAGUGGGUUGGGGACGAAGCAGAUGAAUACCCGUAUCACGAUGCAUUGCGCACUGGGCAGUGA